AUGGAGGACAAACGAGGAGAAACCUUGCCCUUGAAGGUUCCAUCAACAGCAUCUGCCGAAGAUUUUCGCCUCGCUGCAGUAAAGAAACAUACUCUAUUAACAGCAGGUUUAUUCAUUCACAAUCUGAGUACAAACUGGCCUUCAAGGAUGGCAGUGAUGCUAAACACAUCCCUGGCAUAGGCCCUAAGAGACUCUUUACUUUGAGGAGGUAUAAGGGAGAGUCUAGAUUGGGAUAUGGACCAAUAACUCUUUUUCUCCGACCUGAAGGGGGUAUAUUUAAAGAACUUCGACGAUCUGUUGAUGAAGAUGACGAUUUGUUGUGUGAUAGUGCCAAGAGUGCCACUAAAGAUUCCAGUGAUGAUGAAGAUUUCACUAAGUCUGAUUAA